AGGCAUCAGUACCCGGAAGAGAGAGCGAGCGGAGGAGGAGAGUGCAGAGGAUGCUGCGUUAGGGCGGCGCAGCCUAUACACGGGACGCGCGCACGCAUCAUGGACCGUAAUGUUGUUAUGAAUAGAAUACGUUAAGUAACUAUUUAGGUGCCGUUUUUCUGCUAUUGGGACUGGCGGUGCAUGCUCGAGAGCAAAUUGGUUAUCCGUUUUUAUUUUUGUAGUAGUAAUUCCUUGUGGUUUGUGCGUAUUACGCGGUUAUAACAUGUGGGGCCGCCCCGCCUCUCCUCGGCUUUCCUCUCUCCCGAUCACACGUCACGCUCUGCUGGUGACCUUUGGUGAAGGAAACUCUUUAUAGGCACACAGCGGCCCAGAUGCUCUUGGGAUCGAGGUCGUUUGUUUCAGCAAGAUGAAAAGAUGGAGAACCCAAACUGCAUGUCGCUUGCUUCUGUGUGUCACUAUUUUACCAACCUGUUGGUGUGCUCAGGGGAAAUACGCUCAGAAGCUCUUGAACGAUUUAUUCACCAACUAUACGAGCGCGCUGAGGCCUGUGGAGGACACAACCACCAUACUGAAUGUGACCCUGCAGGUUACGCUGUCACAAAUUAUCGACAUGGACGAGCGAAACCAAAUUUUGACUGCAUAUUUAUGGAUACGGCAAGUGUGGUUUGAUGCGCACCUCAAAUGGAAUAAAGAUGAUUACGAUGGACUCGAUACCAUCCGCAUACCUAGUAGUUAUGUAUGGAGACCUGAUAUAGUCCUAUAUAACAAUGCUGAUGACCAUUUCACUGGCUCCAUGGACACCAACGUGGUGAUCCGGCAUGACGGCCAGAUGAUGUGGGACUCCCCGGCUAUCACCAAGAGCUCCUGCAAAGUGGACGUGUCUUUCUUCCCCUUCGACGCUCAGCAGUGCAGGUUCACUUACGGCUCCUGGACCUACAACGGUAACCAGCUGGAUAUCCUGAAUGCCAUGGAGAGCGCGGACCUGGCCGACCUAGUGGAAAAUGUGGAGUGGGUGGUGCUGGGAAUGCCGGCCAAUAAGAACAUAGUUCAGUAUGGCUGCUGCGCUGACCCUUACCCUGAUGUGACCUUCACACUGAAACUGAAUAGAAGAGCGUCCUUUUAUGUCUACAACUUGCUCAUCCCAUGCGUGAUGAUUUCUUUCCUGGCGCCACUGGGCUUCUACCUGCCCGCUGACUCUGGGGAGAAGGUGUCAUUGGGUGUCACCGUGAUGCUGGCCCUCACUGUCUUUCAGCUGUUGGUUGCAGAGAUUAUGCCACCCUCUGAGAAUGUGCCACUUAUCGGAAAGUAUUACAUUGCAACGAUGACCAUGAUCACGACCUCCACUGCCCUGACCAUCUUCAUUAUGAACAUACACCACUGUGGUCCAGAUGCAAAGCCUGUUCCCAAGUGGGCCAAGAAAGUUAUUCUGCAGUACAUGGCCAGAAUGUGUUUCGUGUUCGAAGUCGGGGAGAACUGCUUGUCACCUCAGCCGGAGAAAGAGGAGCCUCCACUCGUACGGAACACCAACUGCGGCAUGAAUGGUCAGGCAGGGCCGGGCCGAGAGGACUGCGUCUUCAGGAUGGAGGCAGGGCACGAGACGGUGGACGCAGAGGAGAGGGAAGAUGCGGAUCAGACGAUGAGCCCAAUAGGCUCCAUCGGGAAGAACCCUACCAGCAACUAUAGCACUUGGAAACACGGCAGUUACAUGAGCAUGGACUGUGGAGAGGCCGGGGGUCAGACCAGAUGCAGGAAGGGAGGUGUGAGCGAUGGAGAGAGAAGAGACGGAGAGGUUUCCUGCAACAGCCAAAGCAGUGAGAGGCAGCUACUGCGUAACAUUGAGUACAUAGCCAACUGUUACAGAGAUCAGAGGGCAACACAGAAAAGGACUGGGGAGUGGAAGAAAGUUGCUAAAGUUUUAGACCGCUUCUUCAUGUGGAUAUUCUUCAUCAUGGUCUUUUUCCUGAGCCUUCUCAUUAUGGGGAAAGCCAUCUAACAGCCGGUCUGACAAGCGGCCCUUACUCUUAGUGUGUUACUGUACCUGAUGAUUUAAUGUUAGUAAUGGUUUAUUCUGAAUGAUGCCAUCACCCACCUGACUGCAUUCCUAAUUAUUACUAUUAGACAAUUAAUACAAAUUGUGUUGAUUGGUUUUGUUGUUGUCGUCAACUUGCAUUCCCGACUUUUGUCACAAUACUGUGUGAUAGUAAUUAUGCUCGGAAAUAAAAAGUCAGUUAGUAAAUCAACACAUGUUCACCAAUAUGGAUUAGUUCCUGUUAAUGUAUUUCAUUUAGUAAGAAACAAUAAGUCAAGGAAUUCAAAGAUGCAGCCCAAAGCAGUGACAAAUUGUGCGAUGCAUUGCUGCCUCAGACAUUUCAAACAUGAUUCUGUAUGGAAGUAUCGUAAAAUGUGUAGUUCUGAAACCAUUUCAUUAUUCUCAAAUGAAAUAGAAAAAUUAUACAAAUGCUUGUGGUUAUAAUUAUUUCAAUUUGCUUUUCAUUCAAUGAGAAGUUUAAAAUCAAGUUAAAGAUACCUGAAAAAAACAAAAUCUGUUCAUUUGGGACAUUUUUAUUGUUAGGAAAUCUAAAACAAUUACAAGCAAAGUAUUAUAUACACAAUUCUAGUAAAUGUUGUGUUCUUUGUGUUGUUGUACUGUAUUUUAAUUUACAUGAGUUGUCAAACUUAUGGGCUAUAUGAAACAUUGCACUUAUCCAGGGGACUCGGGAAGAGGAAAAGCCAACAGAAAGUGUGAUGAUAAUAACAAUAAGACACAAUGGAGGAGGGCUCGUUACUGGGGUCUAGCACACGGGGGGCCAGUAGACCGUCAUUAUACCAUUGUGACACUUUAUGAAACUUUAUUAUGUUGAGCUUAAAAAUUCUAUCUGCAAAUAGUAGAAAUGUAUCCCGAAAUCACACGGAUGACAGAAGACAAUUUUCUUCCCUUUCAUCAAAAAAAUAUAUAACAAAUACAUCUGAUUUAAUUGAGAAGAGAGUGCAGAAAUAAUUUGCUAUUUCAAAUAUAAAUGGUUUCAAUUGAAACAAG